AUCCAAUCAGCGACAGAGAUGCUGGGCCACCUCAAAAAGGAAAAACUAGGAGAGUCAGAAGGCUGCCCGCUAAAUGUUCGAGCUGCCCAACUCACUGGUCGAGCAGACCUGAUUAUGCCAAAGAAGAAGAAUCUUUGGUAUUUGGAGCUCAUUGGUGAUGAGGACUUUGUGAGCGCCAGGAGCAAUAUCGGCACAACGGGAGGACUCAAUUUUGGGACUCUUGGAGGCACAACGACACCUGCAACCACAGCUGCUCCCUCAGUAGGUUUUGGAACUGGACUUUUCGCAACAAAAUCCACAACCGGUUUCACCCUGGGAGGGACCAACACAGGAACCGCCACGACCAUCGCCACUGGAUUAACUCUUGGAACUCCCGCAACCACAUCUGCUUCGACAACAGGUUUCAGUUUGGGGUUCACCAAGCCUGCAGCCUCGGCCACUCCAUUUGCUCUUCCUAUUACAUCUACCUCAGCGGGUGGUCUCUCACUUUCUUCCGCUCUGACAUCUACUCCAGCAGCAGCAUCCACUGGCUUUACACUGAACCUGGGCGGGACACCAGCCACCACCACAACUGCAUCGACAGGGCUCUCCCUUGGGGGAGCCUUGGCUGGCUUGGGAGGAGCCCUCUUCCAGAACACAAACACAGCAGCGUCAGGACUUGGGCAGAAUGCUUUGGGCUUGGCCUUGGGAUCUACUGCAGCUCCUUCAACCACAGGCAAUGAAGGUCUUGGGGGCAUAGAUUUUAGUGGUUCUUCAGAUAAAAAGAGUGAUAAGACAGGAACAAGACCAGAGGAUAGUAAAGCCCUGAAGGAUGAAAACCUACCUCCUGUAAUCUGCCAAGAUGUAGAAAAUCUCCAGAAGUUCGUGAAGGAACAAAAACAGGUUCAAGAAGAAAUUAGUCGUAUGUCUUCUAAAGCGAUGCUUAAAGUUCAGGAAGACAUUAAAGCUCUGAAGCAGCUUCUCUCGGUGGCUGCCAGCGGACUCCAAAGAAAUACUCUGAAUAUUGACAAAUUGAAAAUUGAAACUGCUCAGGAGUUAAAGAAUGCCGAAAUAGCAUUGAGAACGCAGAAAACCCCACCCGGACUUCAACACGAAAAUACAGCUCCUGCCGACUACUUCAGAAUCUUGGUUGAACAGUUUGAAGUACAGCUGCAGCAGUACAGACAGCAAAUUGAGGAACUAGAGAAUCACCUGGCCACUCAAGCAAACAAUUCACAUAUAACCCCACAAGACUUGUCCAUGGCUAUGCAGAAAAUUUAUCAAACCUUCGUGGCUCUAGCAGCACAACUUCAAUCCAUUCACGAAAACGUAAAGGUGCUCAAAGACCAGUACCUUGGCUACAGAAAGAUAUUCCUCGGCGACGCCAUCGAUGUCUUUGAGGCGAGGCGGGCCGAAGCCAAGAAGUGGCAGAGUGCUCCCCGCGUGACUACCGGACCGACCCCUUUCAGCAACAUACCAAAUGCCGCAGCCGUUGCCAUGGCUGCAACCCUUACACAGCAGCAACAGCCUGCUACAGGGCCACAGCCAUCUCUGGGCGUUGGUUUGGGAGCGUCAUUCGGCUCUGGUAUUGGCACUGGCUUGCAGUCAAGUGGCUUGGGGUCUUCGACCCUUGGAGGAUUUGGAACUAGCUCUGGUUUUGGAAGCAGCACCUCAGGGGCCUCCUCAUUUGGAUUUGGAACAGCCACUAAGCCCUCAGGAAGCCUUAGCGCAGACGUACAGACCUUGCCUCAAAGUCUCCCCUCAAGGUCCCUUCCUCGGGAGAUUCUCCGUCUCCCCAUCUUGGGCUUCGACGCCCCCAAGAAGACGAAUCCACAGUCGUCAGACUUGGGCCGUCGGGCGCGGGCAGCCCUCCGUCGUCGUUUUUUUUUAAGGCCAGCCGCAGUGAUAUUGGCCGUCUGGCGUUGGAGCCGAUGGGCUAGCGUGGCAUUUCCCCACCCCGCCUCGACCCCUCCGUUUCCCCCAGCAGCCACUCCAAAGAUCGGAGCCCCUUCACCUGAUCCGGUGGGACGUUUCGACCGAGACCUUGAACGGUCGCCGUUGCCGAACCGGCCCUCUCCCGGGGCCCGGUGGCGGUGUGUGGCUUUUCAGAAACUGGCCUUGAGGAGCACAUUCAGGGUUCUGGACCGUCGGCGUGGAGCCAGCAGGGCCCGAAGCCAAAGUUCUCACUUCUAUGCACGGGCAGGGCGACGGGCAGUGGUGCUCCAGUGGACGCAUUUCUGAUCAUUCCAAUGCAGCGUUGGAUCAGAGAGGACUACUAACCUGGACACCAAACCGGGAAAACGAUCGAUUCCUUUUUUUUUUUUCAGGGUAAAAUAUUCCUGCUGACAGCUCUAAAGUACCCACCCGCUGUCUCUCCAGCACAGGGAAUGCCACGAAAUAAUGUUUGUGUGUCAGGUUGCAUCGCACACCCCUCUGUCCGGUGUUGGCUGAAAUAGCAGGAAGGGAAAAAAAAAACUCACAAGGAGUUAACUGCCUUAGCUGCGAUGAAAUAAAAAAAAUUUCAGUUGGCCUCUUUACCUUUGCAAGUUCAAGCAUCUUAGGGAGGGUGUGAAUGAAGUUUCAUUGAGAAUAGUGUAACUUUUAUAUAGAAGGUUUUGUACAUAUUGUGCAUCAAGUGAAUAUUGAAUUUACAGAAGCAUAUUCACCAAGGCACCUUUUUUUCUAAAACAGGUACUGCAUAUAUACAUAUAUAUAUUUUUUCUAGUCUGUUGCUUUUGACUGUAAGAGUGUUGUCGAGUACCAUUUUGUAUGUUUUGGAAUCAGUCUGCAUUCGAUCGGCCUUUGUUGAAUUAGAGUUUCUGUUCUCGAUGCAUUUUAAAUAAGGGAAAUCUUUGUUUUGGAGCACAGACCUUGUUUUUCAUUUUUGUACUCUUGUGUAUUCACUGCAUCUGGGUUGUGUAUGUCGGGGGAAGACAGAAAAAGGUGUGAUUUUUGAUUUUCAUAUCCUGUCAGAACCGUGUUGGGUUUGAAUCAGAAUUUUAAACCAUUGCUUUGGGCUGCCGUAAAAGUCAGAUAUUUGUAUUUUACAGCUUUUUAAGUUAAAUUCGAAUAGCGGAACCAUUGGACUCCUUGUAAAAAAAAAAAAAAAAAAAAAUUUGUGGAAAAUUUUUAAGAACGUAUUGUCCUUGUCCACUCUGUCUGCAAUCUUCCAUUGUGUAAACAAUAAAACUCACUGAAUCAAUGCUAUGAA